AUGGCUGAUGCGAAAGAUGUAAAGAAUGUGUUUUUGACAGCAACGGAACACGGGGAUGCUGAAAAGGUGCGCAAGCUGCUGGCAGAGCACAGCAUUGAGCCAGAUCUGACAGCAACAAGAGAGGGCAUUGGUCGAAGUGUUUUGUCUGUAGCAGCAACUUAUGGACAGACAGCUGUCAUUUCUGAACUCCUGAAGGGAGGAGCAAAUCCUGAGCUAAAGAGUACAAGUCAAAGAAUAGCCCUGCAUGAAGCUUGUAUUGGUGGUCACUUAGAAUCAGUCCGCCUGUUGCUGGAUGCAACAUCUAACAUUGAUGUUGGCGAUAUCAAUGGCCAGACUGCAGCCCAUCUUGCUGCCUUUAAUGGAGAAACCAAAGUCUUAAAACUGCUGCUGGACAAAGGUGCAAGUAUGACGGCCAGAGACAUCAAAGGAAGACAACCUGCUCAUCUGGCGGCCAUUAGAAACCAUGUACCAAUAUUACAGCUACUGUUUAAAAGUGCCAUUGACCUUGACUGUCCAUGCACAGCUGGGAAGACGCCCCUACAUUAUUCAGCACAGCAUGGAAGUUUCGAGGCUUUGGUGUACCUCCUAGGAAGGAACUGUGACUUAACAAUACAGGAUAAGAACCUCAACCUUCCACUGCAUCAUGCAGCUCGACAUGAUAACCUCAGAUGUGUGCAGUUUCUGAUCAGACAUGGUGCAUCUUUAAAUGCAACCCAGGGAGAGGGAAGAACUAGCUCACACAUUGCAGCCUUGUAUGGAGGGGUCAAUGUUCUGCACUGGCUAUUGGAAACAAACGUUGAUGUCAGUUUGGUGGACAAUCAUGGGAAUACAUCUCUCCAUAAUGCUGCAGAAGGAGGGAAGGCAGAAUGCUUUAACUGUUGUUUGCAGCAUGAUGCUAGUUUAUCAGUCGCUAAUAUUAAAGGUGACACACCUUUGGACACAGCCAAGAAAUACGGACAUUUUUUACUGAUGGAAAAAGCAUUAAGGAAUGAGGUGGUGUGCCCUCACUGUCUGAAGAAAUGCGAGAAACUGGAGUAUGACCGGACUCAUGCACCAGCCCUGGUGGAAAGAAGUAUCACAAGUGUCGGCACGACCGCAUACACAUCCCCACUGCCACCAUUUCAGCACACACCCACUCAACAUCAACAGAACCUGCUGAGGGCAGAAAUAAAGAGGAAAAUGAGAAAUCAAAAACUGAUGGAUCGAAACAUGGUGGCUAAAUAUUUGUAG